UACUUUAAAUAUAUUGUAUUUAAUGCAGUGAUGCAGAUUUAUGAAAAAGAAAUACCGGGUUUGCUUAAAAAAACGUUAAACUGAAACUGCAUUUAAAAAAUAUACUUCUUAUGAUUUAAGAGGACACAUUUGUUAUCCUAAAUGUCUUGGUUUCUUCUUUUCUAAGGUCACAUGCUUCUGUUGUCUUACAUAAUAGACUUCAGUUAAAAACAUCUUAUUGAUAUACAUUUUUUCUUGUAUUUACAUUGCAUUUGAUAUCGUAAUCCAGAAGUAACGGAAAGUAAUCAUCAGGAUACAUUACUUUUGAUUGUGAUACCUAGAUUAGGUAACUAAUUACAAUUUCUAACAUGUAACUAGUAAUUUUAACGGUAACCAAUAUUGGACAGUAAAGGAUUGCAUGUUGCAAUUUGAAGAACAGUAACGAUAGAGGGAACUAAUACGCAUUUGCAGCGUCCAAUCGGCCAAAUCCAGCGAAGAAGAAAGAAACUGACAGACAGGCAUGCGUGUUGGCCACUGUUAUGAAAACACGGCGGUAACUUGGUUCGGCCAGAGAUGCUAGUUUUAACCAGUUCUAUGUAAUCACAAUAUUAGUAACCUCGCACAUUUCCUCCCGCGGUACCUCAGGGCUACGUUUGAGUGGCGUUUUCCUGACAUUCUUGAAAAAUGUCUCACUCUCAGUGGUCGCAAAAGAUAGUCCAGCUGCUCCGCCGAAUGAAUAACUUUUAUUCACCAGGCUCCUGUCGUGCUAGCUGCUUUCGGUUUGAGAUAAAUGGAGCUCAGGUUGGCUGGAUUCCUCCUCAGGUCGCCCCGCUGUUGAGCCGGUUUCCGGAUGUGUUCAGUCCGCCGCAAGGGGGCGCUGUGUCCCUGCGACCCAGCCUGGACUCCCCCGGGAGGAGGACUGAGGCUGUGGACGCUGUCCUGCGGACCCUGAGACAAGAGGGCACCUUCAGCUGCCUCAAGGGAUGGAGAGACGAGGUGAGACCAUACAGUCUAUGGAAAUACAGUGUGAUGUCAAAAUUCUCUGAGGCUCCUCUGAUGUUGAUGGAGAGAUCAGCUACAAGCCUGUUUGGUGUGAAGAGGAGUGGAGUCCACAUCAAUGGCUACACUGUCAGUGACGGGGGGGAAGUCAGCAUGUGGCUGGCACGUCGCUCCCCUACUAAGCAGACGUACCCUGGACUGCUGGACCAUGUGGCAGCAGGUGGUCUGGCUGCUGGGUUUGACAUCAAACAAACUGUGGUCAAAGAAUGUGAGGAGGAAGCAUAUAUCCCAGCAGCCAUUGCCGAGAAGGCUCGUCCUGUUAGUACAGUAAGCUACACCUAUGAGGAUGAAGACGGGGUAUAUCCAGAGAAUCAGUUUGUCUUUGAUUUAGAACUUCCUGUGGGGUUCAAGCCUAAAGUAGGGGAUGGAGAGGUGCAAGAGUUCUACCUCCUGCCCAUGGAGAAGGUGAAGGAACUCAUGGCCACUGAUGACUUCAAACCCAACUGUGCCAUGGUGGUCUUGGACUUCCUCAUUAGACACUCGUUCAUUGAUCCAGACACAGAGACAUGCUAUCAGGAAUUUGGGGCAGGACUCCAUCAGACACUGGAGUGAAGCUGAGGACUGAGGCAGAGAUACAUUACCAUGGUGAUAACGUCUCCUCUGUGGUUUGUACGGACCAUACACCCUCUCUUCAGCCGCCUGAGGGUCCUCCAUCAACUCUUCCAGUAGGAGGGCCAGGGGCCUCGUUCAUAAACGUUGCGUACGCUCAAAACAUGGCCUAUGAAAAAUGUUCUAAGCAGUGUUUGCGAUUUAUGAAAAGCAAACUUGACGGGAAAAUGUGCGGUCCUCCACAGACACUUUGACCCAUAUCUACGCACAAAAACGGGAGAGAUGAGAAACUGCGACACCAUUGGCAUAAGGAAGAAUGGAGAGAAACAUGUAUAAUAAUACCAUACAUCUAAAUAUGACCUCCCAUGUAUGAAGUUAAUUAGCAAAAAUGGAUAAGAGACAAGUGCACACAAAAACAUAAUUUGGAGAAAUAAAUAAAUGCGGAUGUUAUUAAAAAACCA